AUGAAGAAGAAGAGAGUUGCCUUGUUUGCUUCCUUGCUCCUGUUUCUUACGUUGCAUGCUUGUUUCUCCGAUGUUCAGUCUAAUUCUACUGCAGAAGCACUGGCGCUCCUCAACUGGAAAGCCAGCCUUCAUUCCCUCACAAACCCUUCUGUUUUGCCUUCAUGGACGGUCUCUUCCGGAAGUGAAUUAGCAAAUCCAUGCCGUUGGUUUGGAAUCCAUUGCAAGGGCCACAGCGUUUUCAGAAUCAAUCUUACGAGCUAUGGUGUAGUAGGCGACUUCCGUGCAUUUCCCUUCUCGUCAUUGCCUAAUCUUGAAGAGUUAGACCUUAGCAUCAAUGGAUUUUUCCGCGCAAUCCGCCUCAAAUCAAUCAACUCUCUAAACUCACCUACCUUGAUUUGUCAUACAAUGAUCUGUCUGGUGAAAUCCCUCAUCAAAUUGUUUAAUGGCUCCAUUCCUGAAGAAAUAAGUCAGCUAGAGUCCCUCCAAGGGCUUGCCUUGCAAAAUAAUUAUCUAAAUGGUCCCAUCCCUUCUUCUUUGGUCAAUCUGACCAACCUGUCCUACUUGUAUAUGUCAAAUAAUUCCCUUACUGGUAACAUUCCUUCGGAAAUGGAAACCUUAGCAGCUUGCAGGAACUUUAUAUUGACACCAACCAAGUCACAGGUCCCAUCCCUUCCGGUCGCUCUACUCUACUCUAUCUCCGGAGUUAGGAAACUUGCAGUCAUUGGUUUUCCUAGAGUUGAGUCAAACCAACUCAAUGGUUCUGUCCCAUCUUCACUUGCUAAUUUGAGCAACUUGCAAACUUUGUUCCUCCGAGAAAACCGGCUUUCCGGUCCCAUACCACGAGAAAUAGGGAACUUCAUGAAUAUGUGGAUGUUGGAACUCGAUACAAACCGAUUCAGCGGGGAGCUGCCACAAAAUGUUUGCAGAGGUGGAGCACUGGAAAAUUUCACAGCCAAUGACAAUCAUUUCAGGGGUCCAAUACCCAAAGACUUGAAAAAUUGCAGCAGCCUUAAAAGAUUGCGCCUUGAAAGAAACAGGCUGACCGGAAAUAUAUUAGAAGAUUUUGGAGUGUAUCGUAACUUGGACUUCAUAGGCCUUAGUGACAAUCACUUUUUAUGUUGGGGAGAUUCCAAAGGAGCUGACAAAACUGACUUCUUUGUCAAGGCUUAUUUGUCUGGAAAUCAACUCUCUGGUGGUAUACCACUGGAAGUUGGAUCUUUCUCCAAACUCGAGUACCUCGAUUUGUCAGGAAACAGAUUGAGUCAGUCCAUCCCUGAGACAAUAGGGGUUAUGUUGAAACUGUACUACUUGAAUUUGAGUAGUAACAAUUUCAGCCAGAGAAUUCCAACUCAACUAGGCGAGUUAACUCAAUUGAAUGAUUUAGAUCUGAGUCAUAACAGGCUUUCAGUGGAUAUUCCAACACAAUUCCAAUCUUUGCAGAGUUUGUCAAGGUUGAAUCUCUCUUAUAAUAACCUCUCUGGUAGCAUCACUAUUUUUUAUGAGCUCCGAGGCUUGGUCUAUGCUGGCGUAGCUCAUAAUAAAUUGCAGGGUCCAGUUCCUGAUGUUCCCGCAUUUCAAAAUGCUUCAAUACAAGCAUUAGAAGGAAACGAGGGCUUGUGUGGCAAUAUUAGUGCGUUGAAACCUUGCAAUCUUUCCAGAAAAGGGCACCGCAAGUUACUCUACGCAAUCAUUGUUCCGCUGUUAGGAGCUGCUAUCCUUUCAAUUGUCUUUCUGGCUUUGUUUUUUGGCUUCAAAAGACGGAGAAAUGAUGCGGUAGUAGUAAGGAAAGCGGCAUGA